UAGCAACUUUAACAUCUGGCUUCAGUUACCACAACACCGCAGCUAGUUUCAGUUUUUCUCUAAUGUGCAAUAGUUUCAGCAAUUCAGUGUAAAUAGUUCGAAGCUAAUAAAUGCCUUUAUAAUUCGCUUCGUUUCAUAAAACGGAUAGUUUCGAUAAAAGUGGGACAUAAACGUUCAUUUCGACGGAAGUGCAGCGGGUACAAAAAGGAUUUUAAAGCAGCAAGGGUGUCAGGAGUGUCAGUGAACAUCGGACGGGUUCGGUUGGACGCUCGAGCCUCCGGUGCCAACGCCUUUCUAUCCGACAGCGAAACUUCACACUGACACACCGAGAGUCUUCAUGAGCGGCUGAAACAUCUUUCUGAACCCGUCGAAGAGCCGGAAAAAAGCAGGAUGGGCUGCACGAUCAGCGCCGAGGAUAAAGCUGCCGUGGAGAGAAGUAAAAUGAUCGAUAAAAACCUGCGGGAGGACCGAGAGAAGUCCUCCAGGGAGGUCAAACUGCUUCUGCUGGGAGCAGGCGAGUCUGGCAAAAGCACCAUUGUGAAGCAGAUGAAAAUCAUCCACGAAGCUGGAUACACAGAUGAAGAAUGCAACCAGUACAAGGUGGUGGUAUACAGCAACACCAUCCAGUCCAUCAUGGCCAUCAUCAGGGCGAUGGGCCGGUUAAAGAUAGAUUUUGGGGACCCUGCACGGGCGGACGAUGCCCGUCAGCUGUUUGCUCUCGCCAGCUCAGCAGAGGAAGGAGUCAUGUCACCGGAGCUCACCGGCGUGAUUCAGAGGCUAUGGAAAGACGAGGGGGUCCAGUCCUGCUUCGAUCGAUCACGAGAGUAUCAGCUCAACGACUCUGCUGCAUACUAUCUGAACGACUUGGACAGAAUCUGUCAGCCGGAUUACGUGCCAACUCAGCAGGACGUGCUGCGUACUCGGGUGAAGACCACUGGCAUUGUGGAAACCCAUUUCACAUUCAAAGACCUUUAUUUCAAGAUGUUCGAUGUCGGAGGUCAGCGCUCCGAGAGGAAGAAGUGGAUUCACUGUUUCGAGGGAGUCACUGCAAUCAUCUUCUGCGUGGCUCUCAGCGACUACGAUCUGGUCCUGGCUGAAGACGAGGAAAUGAACCGCAUGCAUGAAAGUAUGAAGCUGUUCGACUCCAUCUGCAACAACAAGUGGUUCACUCUCACCUCCAUCAUCCUCUUCCUCAACAAGAAAGACCUUUUUAAAGACAAGAUCGGGAAGAGUUCGCUCACCAUCUGUUACCCUGAAUACGCCGGUGGGGACUCGUACGAGGAGACGUCAGCCUUUAUUCAGAAGCAGUUUGAGGACUUGAACAAAAAAAAGAACGCAAAGGAGAUCUACACUCACUUCACGUGUGCCACUGACACCAAGAAUGUGCAGUUUGUGUUCGACGCCGUCACUGACGUCAUUAUCAAGAUGAACCUGAUGGAGAUCGGACUCUACUGAAGCUUCCAGGUAUUCAACUGCUGAUCAUGAAAACGGUCACAUUUUAACAGCACAACCUGUGUUUCUUCAUGUGUUGUGUAACCAUCCUCUGUGGGGAGGAUAACUGAGGCUUUACAACUCCUAUGUUAAUCAUUUAGAGGAGAGAGAUAGUUAUCACUUUAGGUGACACUCUAGAAUGCUACACAUGCAGCGUCUCCAAAUAUGUUCUGGGUUUUUCUACAUGGCUGGACUUGUGCUUGUGCAGGAAUCAGGACUUGUUGCUGAUCAUUCUCUUCUGCUGGAUGAGUAUAUGAGAACCGAGCAGAACCUGCGUGCAGGACCGAUAAAAUCCAGAACCCGGGGGCCUCCAUAUGGAUGUUAUCGUGCUGCACAUGUGGGAGGAAGUGGUCGCUGUGAGUCCAAAUAUCAUUAGGAACAUUUUAUCCUUGAGGGGCCCAGAGGUAAAAACAGUGAUGAAUAGUUUUCUGUCAAACAUUUAUGUAAAUGAACUUCACCCACUUGUGCUCCAUCUAGUCUUAGCUGUGUCUCUGCAUCAUUUAUUUAGGUUGCAAAUGUUGAGUGUUGUAAUGCCAUAACUUAUCUAAGGGAGAGUUGUAUGUGUGGUUUUUAUUUUGUUCAGCGCUUAUAGAGCGCACAGGUAGCAAAACCGCAGGGAAUCAAUCCAUCAUCCUGUACUAACAGUAUUUCAAGAGAUCAUGAGAUAAAAUAAAUGUGUUUUUUUCCCAGCGUUGCAAAUAAAACACACACACAAACAAAACAUGGUAAUGAUAUGAUCACACUCAUGUUGUACAAAUACAUUUCACAGAUAGAUGCAAAACACUGAUUGGUCACUUUGUGCACAGAUAAAACUGAGAAUAUUUUGCAUGUAUUUUUUCCUUUUUGUAUUUGUUCAUUUCCACAUCAUUAAAUGAUGAAAAA